AUGAAGGAAAAUUCUUAUGCUCUUGCCUCUAAAAAGGGGAACAAAGUUGGAUCUUUGCUUAACACUGAACAUAUUGUUGAUGAGAAUUCUGUUCCUGAGCAGAAAGAGUUGGGAAAGGGCUCUACUGAGGUUCGGGCUUUUAAUGGGAAAUUAAAUGUAAAAGGGGCGUCUCUGAGCUAUGUCCCUCCUUUGAUAAAAAAUGGUAAGCUUGUUGUUGUUCUUCCUGUCAAUGAAAUUGAUGAAGGAACAAAAAAAUGGAGAAAUGCUAUUGUGUUGUUUGUAGUUGGCUAUUACCCUACAAUUGCUUCAAUCAAGCGUUUUAUUGCUGAUGAGUGGGGGAAACCAACUAUAGUUAAGCCCUGGUCUGAAAAGUUUGAUUUCAAUGCUGAAAUUUUGCGCACUAUACCUUUAUGGGUCAAGCUUCCUAAUCUCCCUUUGAAUUGCUGGGGUUUUGAAACCCUAAGUAGGAUUGGCAGUAUUUUAGGAGUUCCAAUUUGUGCUUAUGAAUGCACAUCAAGACAAUUGAGGGUGUCAUUUGCUAGAAUGUUAAUCGAGAUUGACAUCACUAAACCCUUAGCUAAAUCUGUUUGGGUGGAGAGUCCAAAAGGGGAAAUGGUGGAAUUGACAAUUGAAUAUGAAUGGACCCCUCCUUAUUGUGAAAAGUGUCUUAAGGUGGGACAUGUGUGUCCUGAAUCAAGACCUAAACAGGUUAGUCAUAUAGCUCAUAAGCCACAGCUACAGAGAACUUGGGUUCAGAAGGUUCAGGGGGGGAAAAGAGGUGUUGUUCCUGCUAACAAGGUGACAAGUUUACACACUGCUAAUACUUUUGAUGUAUUGAAUUCUGAUGGAAAUAAGGCUGUGAUGCAAGAAACUAAUAAGCCAAGCGGGGGUGGACCCCAUGUGCAACCAUGA